GUAGAACCCGUAGACAGAAACAUGUCACACACUCACCCAGCAGCGGAGACUUCCGACAGCACUGUAACGACUGUAACCGACGGUAUCUGUGUUUUAACCGGGUACGUUUAUGAUUUUCUUCGGAGGCUCCGGUCUGACCUUCCCUCUCUGGACUCUGACUGCUCCUUUCAGUCUGUUACUGUGGACGCUUGUCGAAGGUCAGUACCGUGUGAGCUCUUCUUCUCAGCCAAUCACGGCUUCCCCUGGUGACGAUGUCAUCCUGCGGUGUCGUGUGAAACCUGAAUAUAACGUCCGGGCGCUGACCAUAGAGUGGUCCAGGUCGGGCACCUUGGAGGGGGAGGAGGAAGAGUAUGUCCACCUGUACAGGAACCAGAAGGACAAUGAGGACGCCAAGAUCCGGGCGUACAUCAACAGGACCGACCUGUUGAAGGACUCGCUGCGACACGGGAACGUUUCACUGAAGAUAAAGAAUGUGACGGUGGACGAUCAGGGGACUUACCGAUGUUUCAUCCCCAAACUGAGCAGCAGAGUGUGGAGAGGGAAAGAAGCGUUUGUUACACUCGAAGUUCUUGAACCAAACGUUGGAAGGACAACAGAGUCAUCGCCGGACCUGACGACUCCAGAACCAAUCGAUCAGAUCAAUGUUCAAAGUGACCGGCACCGUCACUUCCUCUGGAUCCCUGCUGUCUGCUCCAUAGCAAUCCUGGGAGGUGUAGUCUUAACUUUACUCAAAGUAAAGUGUGGAGAACAAAAUGUAAAACAGACAGAGAAAAAAAGCGUUGAUGCUCUCCUUCAAAGAAAAGCAAGUCGAGAGCUUCUCUUGGGUCGCCCUCGUCCGUUCAGAGAUUCAACCCAACAGGAUCAUCAGGAGAGCUCCGUAUGAUGGAGACAGACCUCCAUCAGAGAAAAGGCUCUCCUGAAGAUCCUUCAGUCGGCCGAGUCGAACCCCGGCAGAGUCUGGAUAAAGACGACUUUGAAGAAACAGAUUUUCCAUCUGAACAAAUUAGUUUUAGACUUUAAAAAAAGAGGGACCGCUCCAGACCUCUAAAUCCUUUCCAAGAUUCUGAGGAUCUUAUCGGCUGCAGGAUUAUCUCUCUGUGUCUCAGGAGAACCUUUAUUUAUUUAGCGUAGGAGAAAGAACUUCACAGUUUACACCUCGUCAAUCGAUCCUCAACAAGAGACGACGACGACUUCACCUGACCUCAAAAUGACCCAGGAUGGAUUUCUUUUUUUAUGUUAUUUAUCCAAAUCUUUAUUUUCUGGUCUGCUCAGUUUCAUCUUCUUCAACAGAGAGCUAUGUGCCAUAUGUUGUGUUCCUAAAUGAUGUCUCCAUAAGCUUUGGAUAUUUCUGUUAAAAAUAAAAUGAACGUUGUUGGAGAACUCUUAAGUGACCA